AUGGCUGUCACCAUGGCCGAUGACGAACUCUUCACACGGGCCAUUUCUGGGUAUCGGGACGCUUUUUUGGUUCAGCACUCCCACCUUCCGGAAUCAGAGCGAAACCAACUUUGGGGCCAACGGUUAAGUCAGUUCAUACCGGCAACGGCAUCCUCUUCCCUCAACAGCUACCGUCCGGUCUCCGGCUCUGGCAUCCUUGAAAAUGGCGGUUCUACAACACUCGAGAAAUCUGGGAAACGGGCUCGACAGGAUACUCCCCGGACUCUACCUGGUUCUGGUCUUCCUCCGACGAAACGACGAGUCACCACUCCGGAUCCCCCGGUGACCGUUGAUCUGACGCGCGAGCUGUCUCACGCGUCCUCUCCGGCAGCUCCCCAGACGUCUCAGCACCUCUCUAGAUCGAAUUCUCGCAAGGACGGCUCCUCCGGUUUCUCGGGUCCUGGGUCCUCCCGACACACAACCAUGGUCCGUUCACAGAGCCAGCAGACUCCGGUGUCUCACCGGCCGUCGCUGGCCUCCAGCAUGACGGGACAGCGACACUCCUAUGGACCUUCGCGCGCCCAACGCCGCCUUGACCACGUUAGCGAGUAUUCCCCAUCCGAAUACGCCAAGCAGUAUUUGGACGACCACCAGGCUCAACAACGGGGUGCUUCGGCACUCUCCAUGGCACUCUCUGCGGACUCGGCAUCGAAUGGACUCGAUCAACAAUCCUCCCGCCAAUCUCCCAAUCAGCAAUACCAGGGACCUUCCGCGCUGACCUCCGGCCUAAUGGGGAUGGGGCAUCCUUCGUUAGCCGACCAGACUGCCACGGGCGCAGUUGACAUGAGUAGGAGCACCACUACCGAUUCGAUAUGUGGUGGCAUCGGCAUGAUGCGAUUUGAUUCUUCGGGGCCAAAUCUCGACUCCAAUUUCUCUUUCCCCUACCCUUCGUCUGAUUUUGUUUCGUCCACCUCCCCUAUGAACGUCCCCUUCUCCACCUUUACAUCCAUGCAACGGGAUCUUGAUCCUGUCACUUUCCCCUUCGCUGAAUCUUCUGCUCCUCCCGCAUUCUCCUGCUCCGCCCCCUCUGCCACGACUUUCCCCCAACAACCCAUCUCUGCCCUGCCGCUCUCUCCCGCCGUGGAGAUGAAGCAUUCCAUAUCCACCGAGAGCAAUAGUUCUUCCUUCUCUCAGCCGUCUAGAGCGGCUCGAAGGACCCAAGAACAAAUUGUGCAGGGCGCUCGACCCAUCGCCCCCAAGGUGGAGUUCAACGGUUCUCAGCCUAAAGUGGCUGAGCAGCACAAGAUGAUCCGCAUUUCAUCCUCCGACGGGACAGCCAAGGAGGUGGCAGCCAUUCCCAAGGCAUCGAUUCAGCGGCCCCCGCGUCCCAAGACAUAUUGUUCGAUGUGUAACGAUCAGCCCGACGGCUUCCACGGGGAGCACGAGCUGCGUCGGCACAUCGAACGGGUGCACGCCGUGAUUCGCAAGGUUUGGGUUUGCGUUGACAUCUCCCCUGGCAAGACGUUCCUGGCCAACUGCAAAGCAUGCCGGAAUGGAAAGCGAUACGGCGCCAAUUACAACGCCGCCGCUCACUUGCGUCGGACUCAUUUCAAUCCUUGCCAGCGAGGCCGGGGUGGACGUGGGAAGGACAGUGAGAAGCGCGGCGGGAAGGGUGGUGGAAACCACCCGCCCAUGGAAGUCCUGAAGCACUGGAUGGUGCAGAAGGAGGAGAUUGUCCUCGAAAAUGCCCAGAACUUUAUUGACCAAGAUGCGAUCGGGGAUGACCUGGCGGCAGCCCCGUCGUCGGUGCCCGCCGAGGAUGCGACGUUCCAGGGGUUGUCGUCAGCGCCGGCCGACGAUUUGCCCCAGCAUGGGUUGGAAACAACCAUGAUGACUGGGUACAAUGCCUUUUCUGCUUUUCCCACGAUGGGCAUGGAUACAUCUCUUGAUACUUCCUGUUAUCUGGAUGCUCAGCCUUUGGCUCCUGAGAUUGAUUCGUAUGUGUGA